GGGAAUUUAACGAUUCGACUUCAGUAUAGAAGAAACCAGCUGUGGAUGUGGAUGCAAGCUGGAAUUUGAGCAGCUAUUUUAUCGUUUUACAGGGCUCAUAGCCGGCUGAAUUUUAGCCCUUGCUUUUACUUAUUUGUAUCUUUUACGCAAACCGUAAAGCAUUUUACUCUUACUUCUUAAGCCGUUUUUAAAGAAGACUUGGAAAAAGACCGGUGGAUAUUCAACAUGGCUUUUCAAUUUCAUCAAGGUGGCUUCACCAACAUAGCUGAUGAUUCUGCAGACUCUAGAGUUAGUGCUGCUAUGAGAAAGACAAAAAGAGAAACAAAUGGGCCUCAUGCAACAAAGAGGGUAGCACUGGGAACUAUCACAAAUCAGAGAGUUCAACCGUCAAGGGCGGCCAAACCAAAGCAGGUAAAUGCUUCCAGCACAUUUUCGGGAUUCGGUCAGGAUGAAAACCAGGUUGGGAAGUCGUUCGGUAUCGCCGCCUCACAGGGAUUCACAAUCCACGUUGACGACGAACCAGAAGUUCAGAUAACACACGUGGUAAAACCACCAGUUGACAGCUCAGAUGUUAAUUUGCAGCUAAAUCCAGCAGUUACUUCACUUGCUGAAACAGCAUAUGAACGAACAGAUUCUCCUAUGUGCUUGGAUGUGUCUAUGGAAGAAAGGCCUCAUCUGACACCAGGAGAAGAGAGAGAAGCCAUCAUCUUGACAGUACCAGAGUACACUGGGGAUAUCUAUACCUACCUCAGAGAAGCAGAGCGAAGACACAGACCAAAACCAGAGUACAUGAGAAAACAACCAGAUAUCACGACAAAUAUGCGCUGUAUUCUCGUUGACUGGCUUGUUGAGGUUGCUGAGGAAUACAAGCUGCACAGAGAGACCCUCUGUUUAGCCGUCAGCUACAUUGAUAGGUUUUUGUCACAGAUGUCAGUGCUUAGGGGAAAGCUGCAAUUAGUUGGUGCUGCUUGCAUGUUCUUAGCCGCCAAAUAUGAAGAGAUCUAUCCUCCAGAUGUUGGCGAAUUUGUUUACAUUACUGAUGACACUUAUACAAAGAAACAGGUACUUAGAAUGGAACAUUUAGUGCUGAAAGUGCUCUCAUUUGAUGUGGCUGUGCCCACUGCCAAUUGUUUUUGUGAACGCUUCCUGGAGAUUUCCUGUGCUGAUGAUCAGACCAAGUCACUAGCAAUGUAUUUGGUGGAGCUGACCCUCAUUGACAUUGACCCAUAUCUAAAAUUUCUUCCCAGCGAAAUUGCGGCAUCUGCAGUCUGUUUAGCAAACCACACACUUGGGCAUCAAACUUGGUCUUACCAUAUGCAGCAGAGCACAGGUUACAGUGUAAAAUCCCUGGAAUUAUUAAUACACGCAAUGCAUAAAACAUUCACCAAUGCUCCAAAUCACCCACAGCAAGCAGUGAGAGAAAAGUACAAGUCAUCAAAAUACCACCAAGUGUCUACUCUAUCACCCAGACUGACUUUCCCAACUGGAGCUGUUCACUGAAACUAUUAAUGACACUGUAGCUAGCUAUCUUCCAACCAAACAACCAGUUGUGAUUUGCUGCUCAUCUCCAGACUGAAACUCAUCGCAUUCGCCGACCAUUUAAACCCAUUCAGAUAACCCUUCAUGAUUUGAGAAUGCAUGCUUUAUUUUUAGCUAAAAUGAAAUGUGCAUUGCUCAGUGUGGACUGUAAUGAUGCAGUUGGUCCUUCUGUCAGGCUUGUAUGAAUCUGUGAAUUUGAAACUUUUGCUGGUUUUAUUUGUGAUGUUGUUUUUUCAUCUGUGAAGCUUUUUAUUAUUUUUUUUUAAACGAUUAAUCAACGGUUUCCACUGUGCAAUCUUUCAAAUUCUUCAUUCAGUCGAGGCCUGAGAAAUGGUAAAUGGACCCAACUGUUGUCAUUUUUAUAUGUGAGGUGAGGGCCAAGUUCAGAAGAAGCUCUUGUAGUCCCAAGUGCUGAAAUUUGUAAAGGAACUGCAUCUGUGAAACAUUUUAAUGUGCAAUCAACUUCAACAGUUCUGUGAUUCUGAAAGAUGCUUUUUCUUCUUGGUCUUGCAGAAUAUUGUGAAGUUGAUUUCUGGAAGGCAAGAGUUAAGUCUUGCACUUUGUUCUUGUGAUGAGUGCAACAGUCCUUGUUUUAUUUAUUUUAGAUUUUAUAAUGCAAUAUAAAUAAUAUCUAAAACACUGGCAAGUCUAUGAACUGUACGCAAAACCUUGACCUUAUUUUUAAAGUAGUCUAAUUUUAGUCUUUUGUAUAUAUUUUACGUUUCUGCUAUGUUGCUUUAUUCUUUGUCUUUAUUUUUAUUUAAGUAGAUUAUCUUGAUGACUCUAAAGCAUGUGGAACUGUUAUUUAGUCAUAUUUUUACUGGAUGUCAAUGACCAAGUUUACAUGCUGUUGUUGAUUUGGAAAAUACUACUCUGAUCCACUCAAAACAUUAUUCCAAAGCAAUGUAUUUCCUUUUUAAUUACAAAAGAGCAUGAAUGAUGAAUGCUGAGAGAAUGUGACCACAAUUGUGAAUGCACUUCUGUAGUUCUGAUUUUAACCAUAAAUGUGGGUUUUCAGAUGUCUCAAAAAUUGAUCAAAAGUGAAAAUCCUAUCAUGGCAAGUGAUAUUUUUAAAAACUCCCAAGAAUAUGGUAGAUUAGGCAAGUUAUUCUAAAGCCCACAGGGAAUUUGUACAUAAGAAUGGAAAAUGUGUAAACUUGCAAUGUCUGCCAUUUGUAUGAAAUAAAUAAAAAGAAAAAUGUUAUUUGUUUA